AAAAAAUUUCAAAAAUAUUCUGGCCCUGAACAUAUCAUUGUAGCUGUGUCAGAACGAUUGCAUAUAAAAUACAAUCAGCAUACUACGUAUAAAGCUUUUGACUACCUGGUUAACCGAACACGAGUCUUAAAUAAUACUUUAACGGUCUUUGGAUUGAGAGGUUAGUAAAGGGGAUCUUUCUUUGUAAGAGCUAAGCUGUUAUUUGUUAUUUACUUGUUUAACUAUAUGCCUUGAUCCUUUCCUAUUACAAGCUCUGGCACAUUCUAAGUUUUCGAGAAGGCUAAUGCCUAAACAUUGUAAAAAUGUGUUUUUGCAAAUGGAGAGGAAAAAAUGAGAUGGUUUUAGCUUUGUGUGUGCCUCUUCUCACUUGAUGAUAUGUGUCAUGAGAAGCUAGGAAAUGGAGAAGAGCACUUCAAGCAAGGAAGAUCAAGGAAGUAAUGAUCGGAACACAAAGAUCAAGGAAGGCUCUUGGUUAAACCAGUUUCGGUAUGGCUCCAAUCCUUGGAUGGCUAGAUACGUCUACGGCUUUAUGUUCAUGAUCGUAAACUUGUUGGCAUGGGCUAUUCGUGAUUAUGGCUCAAUUCUUAUGAAAGAAAUGAAGAGGGUAAAAGAUUGCAAUGGUGGCGUAGAUUGUUUGGGUACUGAAGGAGUUUUGAGAAUUAGCUUUGGAUGUUUUAUGUUCUAUUUUGUGAUGUUUCUAUCUACAGCAGGAACAUCAAAGCUGAAUGGUUGCAGAGAAAAGUGGCACUCUGAGCGAUGGCUAUCCAAGAUGGGCAUGAUGCUUGCUUUAAUUAUACUUCCAUUUCUUCUUCCUAUAGAGAUCAUUUCAAUCUACGCUGAGGUUGCACAUUUUGGAGCCGGGGUUUUUUUAAUAAUUCAGUUGGUUAGCGUAAUCAGUUUCAUCACAUGGCUUAAUGAUUGUUGCCACUCCAAGAAACAUGGCGAUAGAUGCCACAUUCAUGUGAUGAUAUUUUCAACGGUUGCAUACAUCAUUUGCUUACUCGGGAUCAUCUUAAUGUACGUUUGGUACACACCAGAACCGUCUUGCCUUUUAAAUAUAUUCUUCAUAUCAUGGACUCUAGCUCUUCUCCAGGUUAUGACCAGCGUCUCUCUCCACCCAAAAGUGAAUGCUGGCUUCUUAACUCCUGGUUUCAUGGGCCUAUACAUUGUGUUUCUCUGCUGGUCUGCCAUUAGAAGUGAACCGCCUGAAGAAAAAUGCAUCCAAAAGGCGCAAGGUGCUUCUUCUAAAGCAGAUGUGCUUACUAUCAUAAGCUUUAUUGUUGCGGUCCUUGCAAUUGUGGUUGCAACGUUUUCUACAGGAAUUGAUUCUAAAUGCUUUCAGGUUCAGUUCUGGAAGGAUUCGGAGGUAGAAGUAGAGGAGGAGGAGGAGGAGGAGGAGGAUCACGUUCCAUAUGGUUUUGGAUUCUUCCACUUUGUUUUUGCGACAGGCGCCAUGUACUUUGCAAUGCUAUUGAUCGGCUGGAAUGCUCACCAAGUCAUGAAAAAGUUCACAAUUGACAUUGGGUGGACAAGUACUUGGGUGAGGAUAGUGAACGAGUGGUUAGCUGCUUGUGUGUAUAUAUGGAUGUUGGUUGCCCCAGUUGUAUGGAAAGCCAAGCAAGCAGGCGAAACCUAACCCCUGCCAAGAUUCGUUUUCUUCACUUUCAAAUUAAAGCCUUAGCUAGGAAAUUCACCUCUCAUUCUUUGUGCUGCAGCUCCGUCAAAGCUACAAAUAUCGAUGACAGAAACAUAUGUUAGUGAUACAUACAUACACCAUUACAUUGGGUUUGGAAUGAGAAAAAGUGCAUGGUUAUGUAAUUUUGAGUCGCAGGAUUUUUUCAUUACUUGUAAAAAUGAAUUCAAUGCACAAAAGUACAAUGUAUUGAAGGUUACCUUUACCAACAAUGAUAUAUUUGUAGCCCAAAUUCACAUAAAAUCUGCACUAUGAGCCUAUUUGGUAUUGCACAUUAAAACAA